AAAAUGAUAUAAAUAACCGUGAAUAAAAAAUAGAUAGAUAGAGAGAGAUUCCAGUCAAAAAACCAAAAAAAAUGUAUCGUAUUUUGUUACUUCAUAUCAGUAUUUUCUUCAUGUCUACUACUAAUGCUACAUGGGAUUGGUUGGAAUAUGAAAAAGAAGAACCAACCCUUGAAAAGAUACUUAGAGAUAAAAAAGAAAUGCUUAAACGACGGGAAAUGGCUAUCGAUUCAGCAUUGAAUCAAUUGUCUCUUCAAAUAGAAAAUAUCAAUGAAAAACUGAAGCCUCAAAGACAAAGUAUCAAUGAAUUUGUACACUGUGCUAGUAGAUUCGCUGAAAUUCACCUGAACCCAAAAAUUCUAGAAAUAUUCAAUGUCGCCAAACAUGAAAGAUGGACAAAUUGCUUCCAGAAAAUGGAUGAACUUAUUGGAGAAUCGAAAGAGGAUUACACAUGGGAAAAAUGUCUUCGACUCGCACCGACCAAUGGUCCAAAUGAAGAACAAUUAGAAGAUUUAUAUCUUAAAUAUAUCUAUAAAAAGGAGAACGACAUUGCUUUCUAUAAUUCUGAAAUAAGUAAAUACGAUACACUUUUUGAAAUUAUAGAAGAUAUGAAUAAAUCACAGUAA